GCGUCAGGAACGUCAGUACGCGCCUUGCCAUGGCCGCUUCAAGUUCCCACCAGAUUCUAGGGAUUCUAGAGGAAGUGCUGGAAAUAUUAAAAAAAGAACACGUGUUCGAUACCACAGGAAAAUAUCCGGUGGUCGAGUUUUUGCAUCCCAAAGAGUUACAGGACAAACUAGAUGUUGUCCUCAGAGACGACGCAGCUACUUCGGAGGAAAUAAAGAGAGCAAUGAGGGCUAUCGUAAAGUACUCUGUGAAAACAUCGAAUCCUCACUUUCAUAAUCAAUUAUAUGGCGGAUUCGAUGGAUACGGAUUAGCUGGGGCUUGGAUAUCAGAGAGUCUUAAUACAAGCCAAUAUACGUAUGAAGUAGCUCCAGUAUUCAUGAUCCUGGAGCGUCAAGUCCUGGACAAAGCCCUCUCCCUCGUAAACUACUCAAGCUUUCCGAAUGCCGAUGGAAUCCUCUGUCCAGGUGGAAGCGUAUCCAACAUGUACGGAAUGAUUCUAGCUCGUUAUAAACGACUGCCACAGGUUAAGACCAAAGGUUUGAGUGGAUUACCACCUCUUGCCCUUUUCACCAGUGAAUUGGGUCAUUACUCUGUCCACAAAGGAGCUCACUGGCUUGGAUUUGGUACUGAGAGUGUUUACAAUGUGAAAACAGAUGCUCUGGGGCGAAUGGAGCCUCAAGAUCUCCGGAGAGCGAUCAAAGAAGCUCGGAAGAAGGGUUUUACCCCUUUUUUUGUCAAUGCCACUGCAGGAACUACUGUUCUCGGGUCUAUAGAUCCACUUGACGAGAUAGCGGAGAUUUGCGAGGAAGAAAAACUCUGGCUCCACGUCGAUGCGUGCCUCGGGGGCUCAUUGCUUCUCUCUGAAAAAUAUCGAUGUCGGCUGAGAGGAAUCGAAAAGUCGAAUUCAGUUUCCUGGAAUCCACAUAAGAUGCUGGGUACGCCUUUCCAGUGCUCCAUCUUUCUCGUCAAUGCGAGGAAUCUUCUCCAUGAGGCCAAUUGUGCUGGAGCAACGUAUCUCUUUCAACAGGAUAAAUUCUAUGAUGUCUCUUGGGAUACUGGGGAUAAGAGUGUACAGUGUGGAAGGAAGGUUGAUGCUGUGAAAUUGUGGUUGAUGUGGAGAGCGAGAGGCACAAGAGGUCUCGCUGCAUCAGUGGACAUUGCAAUGGAAACCGCAGAGUACUUCCUCCAGAGGAUUGAGGAUCGAAACGGCUUUCGUCUGGUUUUUCCUAAAUACGAAGGAAAUACUGUCUGCUUCUGGUACGUUCCCCCCACCAUGAGGAAUCAGGAGGAAACACCAGAGUGGUGGCAAAAAUUGUAUAAUAUUACGAGGGAAAUCAAGGAGAUUCUGGUGCUUGAGGGAACCCUGAUGAUCGGGUACACGCCGAUGCCUCAGAAGAAUCUGGGGAAUUUUUUCAGAAUGGUAGUGAGUUGUCAACCCCCGCCCACCCGUCAGUCCAUGGACUUCGUGGUGGAGGAAAUCGAGAGGAUUGGAAAAAGACUUUAAUAUGAUUUCAUUAUAAUAGCACAGUGAAGGCAAGACAAAAUAUUGUAAAUGCGAUUUAUUACCUCAGGUCGCUAUAACUUUGUACAUGGAUUAAUAUUUUCAAGAAGUUAUUCCAGGGGUGAAUAAUAAAAGUAUUUAUAAUUAA